AUGGGGAAUAUACAUUCACGGGCCUGUAUUGAAGACUCGGACUCGGUGUGUUUGUGGUUGGGAGCAAAUGUCAUGCUGGAAUAUUCCUGCCAAGAGGUCCAUUACCGUAGAAUAAGUUCUGAAAAUAUUUGUUGUUCCAUCAAUCUGGAAAUUGCUAAAGCAAGCCUGGAGGCUCUUGUAGUUGAUUUACAGUUCUUGAGGGAUCAAGUUACUCAGCUGAGUCAUUUCCUCACGAAUUUUGUUUCCGUGACGAGCAGGUUACUAUUGCGCGUAAAACAAGAUACCUCUACUGCCAUCGCUGCUGCAGACGCGUGA